CUUCGUUGUUCUGGACAGCUUGUAGGCGUGAAUGUGAUAUCGUGUCCAACUGACAAUUAUAGUUGUUCUGCUUCAUAUUGCUUGGCUCGUGUCGUUCUGGCCAGUCACAUCUCAGGGCUGAAAAGGACACCGUCAUCAUUCCGGCUUGUUGUAUACUUCUCCCGCGGUCCCUGGCUGUCUGGUUCAUGCACAUCGACUGCCAGUCACCACUUGUUCAGAUUGUCAUUGUGUGCACUCGACGUGACUGAUUGGAUUUCUAUCAGUUAAUUCUGAUAUACUCUGCUGUCUCUCUUAUAGUGAGCAUUGCGACUACGAUUAUGCGCCUGUGAUCGUCUACUUCCAACAUCCCUCCGCAAGGACAGAACAACUCCAGGAUGACCGCGUCUUCUGACAAUCAGCCCGCUCUGGCGGAAUCUUCACAGAGCAUUGUACUACAUGUGCUAUGUCCAUCUUUACCUCCCCCCAACCGAUUCACUCUCCACGACAUCUCCCCGUCCAUCACCAUCUCCUCUCUCAAAGCUCGAAUCGCGCAGACCAUCCCGAGCGAACCAUCACCUGAGACUCAAAGGCUGAUAUACCGGGGAAAGCCCCUGACGAACGAUGCCGUGGCGCUGAAUGAUGUGUUAGAGUCAUCAAAUGAUACCGAGUAUUCCAUUCACCUCGUCCUUCCUCCCGCCCCAGCUCCCCAUGCUUCAACUUCUGCCCGAGCUCCUGCUCCAAUUCCGCGGGGAGCUUCAGGACAUCCCGCACCUCAAAGUCCAUUCGCAUCGAACCGAUUCACGCCGCAGCACCUGCCCCACGGACAAGAGAUCAGGUAUCGAGGCCCCGCAUUGCCCGCAGUUCCCCAUGAGGCAGAGAUCGGACUUGCUCUGAGACGGAAUAUCGAGGCUAUUCGCCGACAGAUUGACAUGCAGGAACGGGGCGGACCGUUGGGAGGCGUCGCGGCAGGCACCGCGGGGGCUACUUCCACGACGACAACAGCUUCGUUUGCUCAGCAACCUGGUUGGCCACACGUAGCCCCCGGUCUGUCGCACCCAGGACACUCGUCCGUCUCGUCUGAUUCCACAUUGGCUUCCGGCCUGUCGGGGACAACCAAUGCCAAUAGCAAUUUCCCCGAAGAAGUCCGAUUGCGCCUACAGAUCCUCAGAAACCAGAUUGCGUUUGGCGAAGAGCAACUGAACCGAGGGGUUGCGCCCCCAAUGGACCACAUCAUUCGCAUACGUACACAAUUGUUCGCUCUGCUCGACGACCAAUAUCAGAACCCACAUGCUGAACGCGACGGCUCGAUUGAAUCGUUGCUUACCCGCGUCUUCAACAUCUAUACCCGCGCCGAUCAGCUCCGCGUCUCGCAAGCUCGAACCAUGCCCACACCUGUUCUAUCUGGACCUCCCAAUCCCACACCAGGGCAAGCUCCUCUGUACCUCCUCUCGUCUCCAAACGGCUAUCAAGCCUUGGUUGCAUCUCCCCGCGGCGCAGAAACGAUGCAGUCUUCUCUCGAUGCGCUCCGAGCCAUGCACUCCCCAACUGGAGCCUCAGCGCCUCGUACGGGUGCCCCGCCGGAGAUUCACAACGCAAACGCAGUUGUCAUGGAGAACAUCGUCCGACAGGCCGUACUCAAUCAGCGCCUCGAAAAUAACGGACAGUUGAGCUUCACGCGCAAUCUCCGACGCAUGUGGCUAUUUGUGCGCUUGUAUUUCUUUUGCUACAUGUUCAGCGAACCGGGCACAUGGUCUCGCGUGGUGUACGUGACUCUGGCCGUCCUCGUCUCGCUCCUGUCAGAAACCGGGGUCCCACAGCAAUUGUAUCGAAUGCUUGUGGCGCCAGUGCAACGACACCUGGAAGGACUGGUUCAUUUUGCUCCGGACGAGCCGGCCCCAGCACCAUCCGGCACGCAGUCAACAGGCCAAGGGAAUGUUCCUCUUGCUCAGCCAACCGGACUGCGAUACCAACUGCGACGCGUGGAACGGUCCCUGGCGCUCUUCAUUGCAAGCUUGGUUCCCGGCGUGGGCGAGAGACACGUGGAAGUGCGCAACGCUGCAGAAGCGGCCCGGAACGCAGAGCGUGCGAGAGAGGAAGAAGAGCGGCGUCGACGGGAGGAAGAGGCCACCAACGCAGGUACGACUGGUGAGGCACAGACACAGGCUCAGCAGAGCAGCGAGAACGAACAGAGAGAGACGGGCGAGAACGCACCCAACACGAUACCCCCAACUGAGAAUUAGCCAUAGCGGAGCCAUUAGAUUUGUAUUGAGUAUACUCGGUGAUUUGAAACUUGAGUUCAUGAUGUAUUGAUAGUUGCGAUCAUAUUUCCAUACCGCCUAAUGCGGCAAGAUAUCUAGUCUAUUAGCGCAAUAUAUUUACUACUUAC